GAGGGCACAUACGGGCGUCGUCAAAUGUCCGACAGAACAUGAAGGCAGCACGCCGCAGCACCAUCGAGGAAGCCCGAGCGGGCGAACGGUCCCGGGAUCGCGUUCGGCGACUCGCGAAUACGCCACAUUGUAACACCGCAAAUACAAUAUACCACACCAAACGGAUGAGUUGGUAGAAACUACGACAUUUGGCGUCGGGCUGGAGGAAUGCAGAUCCUUCCCUUGGUCAUGCCGAAAACAAGCAAGAUUCGUGACCAUAUCUGGAUCUUACUGGAAAAGCAGCAAAAACAGGGUUCAGUUCGACUUCCAGCCAGCUUAUCGCGAUACUGGUACAAAACAGCGGCAUCCCGUGGCCAAUACUAGUACUACUAGUGUUACUAUGACAGUGCUGUACUACUACUACUACUACUACUACUACUAAUAAUAAUUAUAAUAAAUGUGGGGCCCGAAGGCGAGCGCCUUCACCCACGGGAGUCUGGGCGUCCCUGCUACAGCUCCCGACCUCGGAUAAACGGUAGAAAAUGGAUGGAUGGGUAAUAAAUGUUGUGUUCGCCGAUUUCCAGACACUCAAGAACACACUUGAGAGAUUCUGUGUGGUAAAAGGACAAAAGGUGUCGCAAAAAACUCGAUACAGAAUGAACGACAACGUUGUCUAUAUAACUAUUAAGUUUGACAUAAAGUAAAAACUGCCACACCGACAGUCUACCGCUAUAUGGGGUUAAAAACAACAACGACAAAAAAAACAGCAGUUUAAACUGGAAAAGGUCUGCGUCUUUAAGAAGACUUCACUUUGUGCCACCGGUGCAAAAAUCGCUCCGCCUGCGCAUGCGUCAUGUAGUCUUCGCAAUGUUCGCGACGAACCGCUAGUUUACUAAGUCGCACGUAAAAUGGAAAGUGCUUCAGAACUCCUCCAGGUCUUCUCAUGUUAGGAUAAAGUCGCUUUGUUGAAAGCCGCUUUUAAAAAAAACACUUUUUUUUAAAAUUUUUAAUCAAAUUGCGAUCGUGAGAGCUUCUGUUCUGCGACGUAGCGGACAUGAUCGGGACGCUGAGCAGGAGCCUGCGAGUCGCUGUGGCGCACGCCCGCCGCCCGUCGCCUCUCCCCAAGACGCAGGUCCGACGGUGCGCCGGCCCGCCGACGACUCUGCGCCGACUCCAGGACAGUCUGGAGCUGCAUUACAGAGGCACUCGGAUGCAUUUGGACUACGUGUGGCUGAGGGAUCACUGCCGCUCUGCCGCGUCGUACAACUCCCAAACAAACCAGAGGAACUUGGACACCGCAAGUAUUGACCUCCAUAUUCACCCCGAUCACAUCCGAGUGGAAGACGACCACCUCAUCCUCACUUGGCCUGGUGGUCACAUAUCAAAAUACAGCCUUAGCUGGCUCGCUGAGAACAGCUAUGAGGGGAAAAAGCAGAGCACCGUACAGCCACGCGUCCUCUGGAAUGCAGGCAUCUAUAAUAACGCACAUGUACCCUCCUCCCAAUGGGACACAUUUAUGAGCAGUGAUGACGAACUCAAGAAGUUCCUACAGAACUAUCUUCUCUACGGGAUCGCGUUUGUAGACGGCGUCCCUGCUACAGUCGAAGCCACGGAGGCCGUGACUCAAAGGGUCAGUCUGAUCAGGGAGACGACGUACGGAAGAAUGUGGUGCUUCACUUCAGAUUUCUCCCGAGGAGACACUGCCUACAGCCAGCUCGCUCUGGACCGCCACACAGACACGUCUUACUUUCAUGAGCCGUGUGGAAUUCAGGUUUUUCACUGUCUGAAGCAUGAGGGAACUAGAGGAAGGACUCUGCUUGUGGAUGGUUUCUACGCAGCUGAAACUGUUCGUCUGCAGUCGCCAGAACACUUUGAACUGCUUUCCCAUGUUCCAAUCAGACACGAAUAUGUCGAAAGUACGGGCAGCCACCAUAACCACAUGAUAGGCAUUGCCCCCGUCCUAAAUAUUUAUCCUUGGAAUAAUGAACUUUACUUGAUUCGGUACAACAACUAUGACCGAUCAGUGCUAAACACGAUCCCUCACGAUGUCGUUCGCCGCUGGUAUGCGGCUCAUCGAGAGCUGACCGUGGAACUGAGGCGGCCACAGAACGAGCUGUGGGUCAAACUCACUCCGGGAAAAGUGAUUUUCAUCGACAACUGGCGGGUCAUGCACGGCAGGGAGGCUUUCACUGGCCUGAGGCAACUCUGCGGAUGCUAUCUGAGCAGAGACGAGGUUCUCAGCAACGCACGCAUUUUUGGGCUUCAGGCGUAAUCCCCGUCCGUCGAAGAGAGCCCCUUGCCUUUGGAACCUUUCACCCCGUGGAGUAGGCUUCAAAGCAUUAAACGGUCUAAUAAAAUCAACUCAUCACACCCUAUUGAUGGAAACAUUUUAUAUAUUAUCGGCUAAAAACACAUUGUUACUGUAACUGCAUUGAGAUGAUAGCCCCCUUGUUCACUGGAAGCAGGAGCAGUUUGGAGGAGUGCUACAGUGCACAUUCCACAAGGCAAUAACGAUGCUAAAAAAAAAAGAUGAUACACAAAUGGAAAAUGAUAAACCAAUUGGAAAAAGUAGCUGGACACAGUUACAUGUUUUUGUGUGA